AGAUAUUUGAUAGCCAAAAGAAGAAAAUCUUAAAAUGGCUUCUACAGUUUUUGGAAAAUAAAACUUUAAUCAUUUAUGCUGGUUAUAAACAAUGUGAAACUAAUUAAGCCGUCGUUAUAAAAGGCAAAUGUAUUUACAAUGCUUUAGAACAAUUUGAUUAUGUUUAAAAACAAAUAGUUUUGUGAAUAAUGCUUACUAAGAGGGAUUGAUUAUAAGGAUUUUAGAGUGUAAGGUGAAGAAAUAGCCACUGUGUAGUUGAUAAAAUGGCUACAAUGAUGUAUCCAAGCCUCACAAAAUCUCAGAGUAUGAGAACUAAGAGGAAAUCAGCUGUGGAACUAUUAGCUGAGAGCAAGCCAUUUUAUGUAAAGUCUGAAGUGGUUAGAGACACUACUCAGGUCCUACCAUUAAGGCCUAAUUCAAACACUAGUGCAUAUGGUACUUAUAAUCGCAGUAAGUCUGUAAAUGUAGCAGGUCAUGGAUCUAAUUAUAGACCCACAACUCUUCCACAAUAUAUGGCUGUAUCCCCUUCGAGAUCCCUACCACCAUUGACACAUCGACGAUCAGUACAUUCCACAGCAAAUACAGAUUUGUUACAAAAUCGGUUACGUCAAUUAUUGGUAUGUGAUAGUGCGGAAGAAUUGAGAGUAGAUCAAAUGGCACCACUCAGUCCACCUGCUGAAUAUGCACAAAGAUGUCACAAAAGCCUCCCAGAUUUGCACUGCCGUGAGCCUAGCUCUAACAAGAGCAGCAAUAAAAGCCUUUCAAACAGGGACAGUGGUGGUUCCAGUGGUCAUUAUACUCAGAGAAGCGAACCUCCACCACCACCUCGACAGGAGGUGCGUCGUGAUUCUGGAUCAAGCACACAGCAUAGUGGUGGCAGCUCCUAUUAUUGUUGUCAAGAAGCAGAAUGUCGAGCUACUAGACACGCUUACCCUUCACAACUUUCUCCUGGCUUAUCACAACCACCAGCUACCUUCAAGCGCCAGAAAUGUCUUCGUUAUAAAAGAGAAAGACCCAUCUUACGAUCCAAAUCAGACAUUAGCGAUCGUUACCGAAGAUCCUCUGAUCCUCCGCACCUACAACAUUUCUUCGAAAACUUGGGACUUCCUAGUGAUAUGUAUGAGGAAAUGUUGAGUCGCAGCGAUUCCUCGGAUAGUCCAGUCUUCUUCUCAGAUGUAUCGACUGUGGAUUCGAGUAGGCCGAUUGAUAAUGUAGAACAUUGUCCUUCAGCUUAUAGAUCUGGCGAUCCUCCAUCAAUCGUCGAAAGAAACGCACGAAUUAUCAAAUGGCUGUGUAACUGCAAAAAAUUGCAGUUAUCCUGAGGUUUGGAUGACGGCGACGAUUACUACGUUUAAAAUCGUUGUCGUGUUUUGAGUUUUUCGUCUUUAAUUAAAUGUUAAAGAUAUUCUUUUCUAGUUAUAUAUUUUAUUGGAUACCAUUUAAAUACAAUUUUGUAUACAAGUUCGUAAUUUUUUGAAAAUUGUAGUGGAAUAGAAAAUAGUAUGUCUUUGGCGUUUAAUGAGAAUUCUGUGAAUUGAUUGAACAGACUGUCUAUCGUUCUGUUAAACUUUUGUCACUCAGAAGUAUAUAUGAUAAUGUUUUAUAAUAUUUAUGAUCGGUUGUACAAGCUUUCUAUGUAAAUAUGUAGAUUUUAAAUAUAUCUUGCGCAUUUUUUUGAAACCAAUAUUACAUUUUUUCUACAAUAAAAAUUCCAUAACUUACACAUGAUAUAAAGAUUUGAAAUAAUUUUGCUGCAAAAUUCCUGUAAAUGAGUCCACUUUUUCAAAUUGCUUUCUUAACUUAAUUCAGUGGUCGUGUUCACAAAAUUUUAUUGUCGUUAUAACACCCAAAAUCGAUUUAUUACCAUUACCAUAUUUGGGCUUACAUUGAGAAAUAUUUUGUAGGCAUAGAAAUAUAAAUGUGAGAACUUGAUUCCAAUCUUCAGGAUAAUAACAUCUCAAUAAUCAUAGUAAAAUUAACUGCUACACAAUUUGAUUACUCUACUUUUCAGAAUAGAAAUCAAGCACUAUAAAAACAAGCCCGGAAAAUGAAGUGUUUAUAUUUAUAUUCUUACAUGUCAAAAUAUUUUUGCCAAUACUGUAUGUAUAAAAUGUAGUAAUACUACAAUUAAAUAUAUAAAUCUACAUAUUUAUUUUUUUAACUGUAGUACUGAAGAUCAAGUUUGUUUUGAAUCGAUUGUAUAAUCGGCCUUUAGUGGUAUGGGGUAUUUUUUUGGUAAUAUAAAAAAUUAUAAGGACCGCAUUGUUCAAAUUAGUCAUAUUGAAGUAUGUUAUCAAAGGUUUCGAAUUGAAAUUCAUGGACAGUCUUUAAUAUUUGAUGAAAUUAAAAUAUCUUUGGCGCUGUAAUGAAUUAAAAUGUUAUACAGUGCGUUAAAAAAAAUCUAAUAAUAUUAUUUGAAACAGUUCAAUUGUAGCAGAUUUUUUGUAAUGCUCUUUGUGCUUUGAGAUCGCGCACAAGAAUUUUUACAUCGAAAUCACUUAGUGAAAAGGUCUUCCAGUAAAAAAUAAGACAACUUAUGCUAUUGUUAGUCAUAUUUUAUGAUUUUUUGGAUUUAUUACGGCGUUACAGGUAUUUAUGUUUGAAAAUAGUGUUCAAUUUUGAAAUAUUCACUUGGAUGGUCAUACUCAGCUCACAGUUGCUAUAAAAAAUGCUCCUUUCACCAAUUGUAUUGAUAUACUGAAAAUUUUUCUAGUUAUAGAAACAACGUGCUUUCCUUUUUAAAAGACAGUUACAAUUUUUUAAAAUAAACUUGCAUAUGCAUUUCGAACUAUAUGAAUACUUAUUCCUCAAUUACUUAUGACCGUACCAUCAUCAAUGUAUAUAACUGUGAACGCGAAAUCUCAAUUUUUUCAUUGUGUGCGUACUUAAAAAAUAUUUUUUUUUAGAAAUGUAUAUGUGUGAAUAUAUAAUCAUUCCUGUUUGUUGUAGUUUAGCCAAAACUGCGUUACGCCGUUUCAGUGAUAUUUUAUAAAUAUUAUAAAUAAUAUGUGUUGAAGUAGAUAUGGGUUAUAUGAGGGAUAUUCGUAAAAUAAGUUACCUUUCAAAAUAAACAUGAACUCAUAUAAAUACAGGAGUCAUCAAUUGCACAAAAAUCUACCAAUUUUAUACUAUUUUUUAACCUGACGCCCUUUUUUUAAACUGCCCAAUACAUUUUCAUUUGUUCUCCAUACAUCUCGCAUAUAUUUCAAUAAAUUAUGACAGUAUGCAAUCAUGAACCACUGCCCACAUAGACCUCCAAAUAAUCUUGUCGUGAAAAAGCUAAUUAGGCACCUUGCCUUGAGUCUUAUACGUUUGAUUGUUGGGCACUCACCGAUAAUGUGGUCUACAGUUUCUUCCUCUGCCAAGCACCAGUGGUAUUCCGGGUCGUUUAUGAUGCCUGUAACAUGGAGAUGGGGUCUUGAAUAACCGUAUUCGGUUAAAAGACCAUUUAAACAGAUAAGAAGGCACAUCUAAGUGUGUUUUAGCUUGUCUCAUGUCUACGUAUGGCUAUACCAAGAAUGGGCUAUGGUAAGACACUUUAAUCUGAUUUUUAAGUGUUUUUCAUAUUUUAUAUAUGUUGCAGCUGAAACAUAUUUUUCUUCAGAAUUCGUUUUCCCUAGUUAAAACUAGUUUUUACUUAAUGCCUUUGUUAAAACUAGAAUUUACCACUGAUAUUUGAUUUUCAGAUAAAACUAGUUGCCACAUAGAACUGCAGUUAAAACUAGCACUAGAAAAACUAAUUUGGGAUUGAAAACAAGAUAUAGUUUUAAAUAUACUUAUUGUAAAGAUCUAAGACACCGAGAACCAAAGAAUAAUCGUAACACUAAAGGAACAUUUUAGGGAACAUCGACUUAAAUUAGUUGUGGUCUACUUGUUAUUGCAUGAGAAAUUAUCGUAGCAUUUUUAAUUACAACAAUAACCAUUUUUCUUGCAGAGACACCUUUUUGACACAAUUAUUCUUGCAUACGAAGCGCAUAUAUCAUUGGCCUGUUCCUAUGGCUGCUUCCUUAACAACAGUUCUCAAAGGUAAAUUUGUAUUUGGUACAUUUUCAAGCAAAAAUUUUCCUUUGCACUUGUCAAAUUCUGACUUGAAAAGCACAUUUAAAAGGACAUAAUUAAACUUGAUGAAACAAUGAAGCAACACGUAGGUUCAUACCUGCAAUAAAAUUUAUCAAGCGUUCCAUAUUUCGUGCCUAUCUAAUGAAAACCUUGAUCAUACUUUUGAAGAACCACUCCGACUAUAUUAAGUAGAUCUGCUUUUGCUUGGUAAACAUCAGAGAUUGUAUAAUUACAUUAUCAUCGAUUUUUAUUGGAACGUGUAUUGCAUCUAAUGUUAAAGUCAUUAUCUUGGCCUGUUUUUUUAAGUUUUGAUGUGCAGUUUAUUUGGAUGCCUUUAUUUAUCCAUUCAUAUUGAUCACAAUUUCGUAGUCUUUGUCAUGUGGUGGUAUUAUAAAAGGCUUUGUGGUCGUAGAUGGUUCACCUUCAAUGCUAUAUUCACUUGUUUCUGAUACAAUUGGCGAUUCUCUAUUUGGACGAACUUUCUACGUUUUUUUGUUGGACUCCAGUUAUAAUCAGAUGCUGUACCAUUGCAACUAGCUAUAGAUUCAGCGUAUUAUCCAUCAUAUUUAUUUAAUUCAACGCAUUUUCAAGAUCAUCUUCAUCUUGUAUAUCCUCAAUAACAUUUCGAGUCAAAGUCGAAGUCAUAAGCUCUACUCGUGGUUCUAUACCAAACAUUGCUUUGUAUGGUGACUGAUUGAUUCUGAAACGAAGUACCCGAUUUUUCAUAAACUAUACAAACUGAAUACCAUUUGGCCAAUUUGUGGUAUCGUUGAAGCCAACAUUUUCUCCAUAUCUCGGUUAGCCCCUUCAACAUAUCCUUGGCUUUGGCUGUAUCUUGGUUUUUCAUGGACCAGUUUACACUCGGGCUAAAAUGAAACGAGCUCAUUUAUGACAGAAUUUACAAAUUCUCUGCCGUUAUCGGAGUGUAAGAUGCAAGCAUAUUCUUUUUGAGCCGACAAUUUUCGUACAUAGAAAAAAAUAUUGUAUCAUUUCUGAGGUUAUGUUUACAUAUUUUCAAGAAGAUUCUUUUUUCAGUUUAUCCCAAACACCAUGUCCAUCGGCCACAUGAGCUGCUUCAAUCAUCUACAUAUGAUUAGUAGUACUUACUAGUAGAUGAAGUAGUACUUCAUGGGCUCCUGUUUAGUCACUAAUUUUCGUAUACCACAAAUAUUAAUUACCUUAAAUUGCUUCGGUCUCCUGUACUGUUUUUUAGAUUUCUGAACAGCUAAUUGUGCUUCAUUAAUUUCGUCUACUAAAUUGUCAUUGGUUUCUUUUGUUAUAAUAUGAAAGUGGUCUUCUUUUUUUCGUGAUCACGAAUCGCUAAUAACUUGUUUAAAAACUCCUCUUUCCAUCACGUUUCCUUUUAAAAACGAAGCGGGAAUGAAUGAAGCAAGCGCAUAGCGCGCGGACGUCGGUGUUUCCCCGCACUUGUCGAAUCAGCUUACGUCUCGCGACCAAUCGGAAUAAAGUACGAUGAUCAGAUGAUACAGUUUCAACUGGGUGGCUUCGGAGUAACGCGUUUUGUCUAGUUUUAACUGAUAUUCGAUUUGAGCAUUAGUUAAUUCUAGUAUUAACAAAGGCAUACAUUAAAAACUAGGAAUACCGCGAUCUAUGUAAAAACUAGUUUUAACUGUAAACAUAAUUACUACAACAGAUAUAAUUUCUUAUUUUCAAACUAGAUCAAAUGUUUUGCGGCAAGUAACUGAGAAAAAAAAAUUCCUAUCUUGACAGUAGGUCGGUUCAGAUAUAAAUACAUAAAUGACAUCUUUUUGGGGAUAAAUAUCAAUUUUUGAACGUUUUUCUUAUUUGGAAAACGAAUUACCGAUCAAAUUUAUUCACACGUGGCCGCUUUAAGUAAAUGCUGUGAUAAGCACACACCCAACUUAUCGUGGAGAUUAACAGAAUCACAUCUUUACGAAUAUAUCUCAUAUUUGUAUACUGCACAAGUAAUCUAUUGCUCAUAACAAUGAAUAUUGUCAUUCUUUUCUCUUUUUAUAGGUGCCACUGAAUUUGAAUACAAUUUUCUCAUGGUAUUACUUGAUAUUUAUAAACUAAGUGAGCUCUCAAGAGUUUGGAAGGGUCAUAAACAAUAAAUAAUCGUAAGCUACAGGUUAACGGGAAGAAAAACCAGUCUAAUGCCAUAAAACAGGGAGCAUUUUAAUUACAUUCCAUGUUUGGAUAUGUAGCUGGAACUUACAGUGCAUUUUUUUAUAUGAAUCUUCUGCUUUUCUUCUGAAAUGACAUGGAGGUUGAAUUCAUUGAAUACAGCUACCAGUACAAGUAUUUAAAAAGAGGAAGAACUUUAAUUCUCCCAAUUCUUCAAUAUGUACUGGUUCUUCAUUGUUAAUUCCAUAUAAAUUUCUAUUAGUUGCUACUCCGGAUUAAAAUUCUUAUGAUUCCAACCAGAACUGUCUUAUAAUGAAGUAAUUAAGAAAAAAAUGCCUUAACAACUCGAAACAAAUGAUCUACUUAUCUAUAGCAUAGUAGUUAGUUAAUUUUUGAAUAUAUUUGUGUGUCUCAUUCCUUCCAAAAAUCCAUAGAUCCUUCUUUACUUAUUGAGGUUGUCAUGUGAAUGCAUGUUAAAAUUGCUUAGAAAUGGAUAUUCGUUCGGAACUGGCCAACAAACCAUAUGUUUAUUGAAAUCUCUAAGUCUUGGGGUUUGCUCCAAAAAAAUCUGUUUAGUAAUUAUUUAGAAUCAGGUCACGAACUCAUUUCUAAAAGAUUUUUGUAUAUAAAAUUGAAUCCUAAAGUAUUUUUUGGCGUUUCGGAGCCUCUUGGACUAUCUUAUUUUCAGGUAAUGUACCAAAAACACGAGAAAAAUGCAAGGAAAAUUAUUUUAAAAUGGCAAUUGGAAGGCAUUUGAAAGAA